AUGCUUGCCAAAGAGCUUAUUCCACUUGUCUAUACCUACUGGCCAGCCUUGCUAUUCGCCGGCGUGAUCACACACUUGCUUCGAAACAAGUACUAUCACGGUUUGAACAAGUAUCCCGGCCACCCUCUCGCAGCAUACACGGACUGGUGGAGAUUCUUCGACGCACUAGGUCGACGGACUGAACACACUCAUAUCCAGUUGCAUCGACAGCAUGGCGACAUCGUCCGAUUGGGACCCAACGUCUUGUCCUUCGCGGAUCCGAGAGCCAUCAAGACGAUCUAUGGCCUCAACAAGGGCAUGCGCAAGAGCGACUUCUACAUUGUCCAGCAAGCCACGUCCAAAGGGGAACGACUGGAAUCACUCUUCUCGACGAAAGAUGAGGACUAUCAUGCCAAGUACAGAAGAUGUGUCAACAAAGCAUUCUCCAUGAGCUCUCUGGUCAACUACGAACCUCUGGUCGAUAGCACGAUGGACGCUUUCAUUGAGCAGACACGUCGACGUUAUUGCGAUACGGGUGCUCGCUGCAAUUUUUCGAGAUGGCUGCAGUUCUUUGCUUUUGAUGUCAUUGGAGAGUUGACUUGGAGCAAGCGGCUCGGAUUUGUUGAGAGAAACGAAGAUGUCGAUGGCAUCGUGGCCUUCGUUGGGAAGUUCCUUGACUAUGCUGCUCCAGUUGGCCAAAUUCCACUACUGGACCUCCUAUUCGAGAAGAACCUCAUUAAGCUCAAGCUGCAGAAAUGGGGUAUCAGCAAGACAGUCUUCCCAGUCACGAAGUUCGCACUCGCUCGGUCGGCUGAAAGAUCAGGAGAAAUGGAGAAGAUUAAGCAGGACGGCUCGCUCAACGAAAGCUCAGGCAAAAGCGUAGACCUACUCAUGAAGUUCACACAGGCAGCGCACGACCACCCCGAGUUCAUGACAGACAAGCAAGUCUUAGCAAGCUGCACCAGCAUGAUCUUCGCCGGAUCCGAAACAACCGCCAUCAGCCUGAGCAGCAUCUUCUACCACCUGAUCAAACACGCCCGCGUCUACCGCAAACUCAUGACCGAAUUAGAAGAAGCCUCCGCCAACGGCGCCAUCGCCCAACGCCCUCACAGCAAAGUCAGCUGGCUCGAGAGCCUCAAACUCCCCUACCUCGACGCCGUCAUCCAAGAGUCCUUCCGUCUACACCCCGCCCCAGGCCUCAUAAUGGAACGCGUCGUCCCACCCCAAGGCAUAAGCAUCCUCGACGAGCACAUCCCAGGCGGCACCAUCGUCGGCUGCAACGCCUGGGUGCUGCACCGGCGACCCGAGAUCUUCGGCCACGACGUCGACGUCUUCCGCCCCGAACGCUGGAUCGAUGCGAAACCCGAUCAGUUGCAGGCCAUGAAGGCGGCGAUGUUCCAGUUUGGCGCGGGUGCGCGGACGUGCAUCGGGAAGAAUAUCUCGUUGUUGGAGAUUUAUAAGUUGGUGCCGACGGUGUUGAGGAAUUUUGAGGUGGAGAUGGCGGACGAGGGGUUGGAGUGGCGGACGAGGAAUUCUUGGUUUGUGAAGCAGGAGGGGUUUGAGACGAGGUUUAAGGCGAGAGAGAGCAUGUAG